UAGGUCUUAAAAGUUUAAAUCCACACUAGCACCUAUUAUCAAAAUGGAAAAACCUCAAAAAAUGCCCAAAGUGGCCAAGGUGAAAAACAAAGCACCAGCCGAGGUGCAAAUCACCGCCGAGCAGCUGCUCCGUGAGGCGAAAGAGCGCGAUUUGGAGAUUUUGCCACCACCGCCAAAGCAGAAAAUCUCCGAUGCCGCCGAACUGGCCGACUAUCAGCAGCGAAAGCGCAAAACGUUUGAAGAUAAUCUUCGUAAAAACCGGAUGGUCGUAAGCAACUGGAUCAAGUAUGCCCAGUGGGAGGAGUCCCAGAAAGAAAUCCAGCGCGCCCGGUCGAUCUGGGAGCGCGCGAUCGACAAUGAGCACCGCAAUAUCACCAUCUGGCUGAAGUACGCCGAAAUGGAGAUGAAACAUCGACAGGUGAACCAUGCCCGCAACCUGUGGGACCGGGCGGUGACCAUAAUGCCGCGCACAAACCAGUUCUGGUACAAGUACACGUACAUGGAGGAAAUGCUGGAGAACGUGGCUGGUGCGCGGCAGGUGUUCGAACGCUGGAUGGAAUGGCAACCGGAAGAGCAAGCCUGGCAGACGUACGUAAACUUUGAGCUUCGCUACAAGGAAAUUGAUCGCGCCCGGACGAUCUAUGAACGAUUCGUGAUGGUCCACCCGGAGGUGAAGAAUUGGAUCAAAUAUGCCCGGUUCGAGGAAGCGCAUGGGUUCGUCAACGGAGCGCGCACGGUUUAUGAGCGUGCGAUCGAGUUUUUCGGCGAUGAUCAUGCCGAUGAACGUUUGUUUAUUGCGUUUGCACGGUUCGAAGAGGGCCAGAAGGAGCACGACCGGGUCCGAGUCAUCUACAAGUAUGCUCUGGAUCAUCUCCCAAAGGAUCGUACGACGGAACUGUACAAGGCGUACACAAUUCACGAGAAGAAGUACGGCGAUCGUUCAGGAAUUGAGGACGUGAUUGUGUCGAAACGCAAGUUCCAGUACGAACAAGAGGUAAACGAGAACCCGACAAACUAUGACGCCUGGUUUGACUAUUUGAGACUGGUGGAGAAUGAAAACGAGCCGGAACUGAUCCGUGAAACGUACGAGCGGGCGAUCGCAAACGUGCCUCCCGCGAAGGAUAAGAACCUCUGGCGUCGCUAUAUCUAUCUCUGGAUCAACUACGCCCUGUACGAGGAGCUGGAGACGGAGGACUUGGAAAGAACGCGACAAAUCUAUUGCACCUGUCUCGAGUUGAUUCCGCACAAAGUCUUCACGUUCAGCAAGAUUUGGCUUCUGUACGCGCAGUUCGAAAUUCGCUGCAAGAAUUUACAGACCGCACGCAAAACCCUCGGCAUGGCAAUCGGCCGCUGUCCAAGGGAUAAGUUGUUCCGCGGAUACAUCGACCUGGAGAUUCAGCUCCGUGAGUUUGACCGGUGUCGAAUUUUGUACGAAAAGUUUCUCGAGUUUGGGCCGGAAAACUGCACGACGUGGAUGAAGUUCGCCGAGCUGGAGUCACUGCUGGGAGACACGGACCGAGCCAGGGCAAUCUACGAGUUGGCGAUACAACAGCCUCGCCUUGACAUGCCCGAGUUGCUGUGGAAAAGUUACAUCGAUUUUGAGGUGCAGCAGGGCGAGUUCCAGCUAGUUCGGCAGUUGUACGAGCGGCUUCUGGAGCGUACGGUACACGUGAAGGUUUGGAUUUCGUACGCAAAGUUCGAAAUAAGCGCCGAAAACGAGGAAGAAGGACUAAACGUGCCCCUUGCCAGACGCGUCUACGAGCGUGCGAACGAAUGUCUCAAGGGACUGGGGGAAAAAGAGUCUCGCGUGCUGGUGCUAGAAGCGUGGCGCGAUUUCGAGCGAGAUUACGGUGAUGAAAGCAGCCUGCAAAAGGUGCAUGAGCGAAUGCCGCGCAAGGUAAAGAAACGACAAAAGAUCGUCUCGGAAGCGGGCGUAGAGGAAGGAUGGGAGGAGGUGUUCGAUUUCAUCUUCCCCGAGGAUGAAAUGGCCCGACCGAACCUGAAGCUGCUUGCGGCGGCAAAGAACUGGAAGCGUAAACUAGAGACGGAACCUGCGACCAGCGUCCCGGAGAACAACGAGAAUCCGGAAGAAAAUUCCAACGAACAACAGGGGGAUUAUGAUGACGAACAGAACAGUUCGGCGAACGAUAACGACGAACAGUAGAAAAUAGCAUUUAUAACAUCUAAUAAAAACAUUAAAGCCUCCCCGGUG